AACCUCUCUCAUGACUCAUGAGGCUAGAGCCUCCAGCAUAUGCUCUUCCUGCAACCCCUCCCUCUCUCGCUCCCCCCUUCUCUCUCUCUGCACCAUGAAUAAUUUCGCCUCACUCUCUUCUGUCUAGAUUUCUGCGCCUUUGCCAAUUGGUGGGCGGCCCACCUCGGUGCUCGUGCUCCCGGCGCCCACUCUGGUGGCGGACAGCAUCGAAGCUUGAUAGUGUUGCCGAGGUUUUGAGAGGCGAAAGAUUGGGUUUUUGGUUGGGUUUUCCUGGUUCUGGGAAUCGCCCUCUCGGUUAAUCUCUCUUGCGGGGGAGUCUUUGGGUCUGGUUGGAGCAAGGAGUUGCUAGCCCAACUCUGCCGAAUCCCCGCUCCUUGGCUCCGAUUUGGAGAUUUCUUGCUGCGGUUCUUCUUCCUCCCAUUUUCGGUUCUUGCCGUGAACAGAGAGGGGGGGAGUUCGCUCUAGGGAUUUGAAGUGGCAUUCUGAUUUGGAUGAUUCUUCUCCCUUUUCUUGGCCCUUCUUCAAAGGUUGCCGUUUGCACAAGGCCAAGGCGACGCUCGUAGAUUUGAGAGAGAUCGGGGAUUCUGGAGUUCAGUCUGGGAAGUUGAAAGCUUGCUUUUUUUUUACUGUUACAAAGAUCGAUUUCGGUCAUUUGGGGAAAUCCUGGUGUGAGCUUUUGAGGCUGAAGGGAGCUAAUGGCGUCGAUAUCAGAUAGCGAGACGACCAACCAUGGGAGCAUGUGGGAGUUGGAUCAGGAUCUUGAUGAGCCCAUGGAUGAGGAGGCUAGCCGGCUGAAGAACAUGUACAGAGAGAAGAAGUUUUCUUCAGUUUUGUUACUGCGGCUUGCAUUUCAGAGCCUUGGUGUAGUCUUUGGUGACUUAGGUACAUCACCAUUGUAUGUUUUCUUCAAUAUCUUUCCGCAUGGGGUCGACAAUGAUGAGGAUGUUAUCGGAGCUCUUUCGUUGAUCAUUUACACCCUCACGCUCAUUCCUCUGAUGAAGUAUGUUUUUGUAGUAUUGCGGGCAAAUGAUAAUGGUCAAGGUGGAACCUUUGCCCUUUAUUCUCUACUUUGCCGGCAUGCGAAGGUCAGCACUAUACCCAACCAACAUAAGACCGAUGAAGAACUAACAACAUAUAGCCGACAGACUUAUGAGGAGAAUUCACUUGCAGCAAAAGUAAAGGGAUGGCUAGAGAGGCAUGCAUAUACAAAGAACUGUCUUCUUAUUCUCGUUCUCAUUGGUACCUGUACUGCCAUUGGAGAUGGGAUCCUUACUCCUGCUAUAUCAGUUCUCUCUGCAACAGGUGGGAUCAGAGUUCAGAAUCCAAAGAUGAGUACAGAUGUGGUUGUAGUUGUUGCGGUGAUCAUAUUAAUAGGCUUAUUCAGCAUGCAACACUACGGUACAGAUAAAGUUGGAUGGCUCUUUGCACCGUUAGUGCUCCUUUGGUUUAUUCUAAUUGGGAGUGUUGGGGCAUUCAACAUACACAAGUACAACAGUUCAGUUCUGAAGGCAUAUAACCCAGUCUAUAUCUACCGGUUUCUCCAGCGAGGAAAGUCGAUCUCGACCUCCCUUGGAGGAGUCAUGCUUAGCAUCACAGGGACCGAAGCAUUAUUUGCUGAUCUAUGUCAUUUUCCUGUAUUAGCUAUUCAGAUUGCUUUCACUGUAGUGGUGUUUCCUUGCCUUCUCCUGGCGUACACUGGGCAGGCUGCUUAUAUUAUUGCCAACAAGGACCAUGUAGCCGAUGCCUUCUAUCGCUCCAUUCCAGAUGCCAUAUACUGGCCAGCCUUCAUUAUUGCAACUCUUGCAGCAAUAGUUGCGAGCCAAGCCACCAUAUCUGCAACUUACUCAAUUAUAAAGCAGGCUCUUGCGCUGGGCUGUUUUCCCCGUGUGAAUGUUGUACACACCUCAAAAAAGUUCCUUGGUCAGAUUUACAUCCCUGACAUCAAUUGGGUACUUAUGAUUCUUUGCAUUGCUGUGACCACUGGUUUCAAGAACCAAAGCCAGAUAGGAAAUGCAUACGGCACUGCAGUUGUGAUAGUUAUGCUGGUAACAACAUUCCUCAUGGUCCCAAUAAUGCUGCUGGUAUGGAAGAGCCACUGGAUCAUUGUUGUCACCUUCCUCGUGCUAUCGUUGAUGGUGGAGUUCCCAUACUUCACAGCCUGCAUUAACAAGGUAGACCAAGGUGGUUGGGUCCCACUUGUCGUUGCAAUCACUUUCUUCAUCAUCAUGUAUGUGUGGCAUUUCUGCACCGUAAAGCGGUAUGAAUUUGAGUUGCACAGCAAGGUCUCCAUGGCCUGGAUUCUCGGACUCGGGCCGAGCCUUGGCCUUGUUAGGGUCCCUGGGAUCGGCUUUGUUUACACCGAGCUGGCAAGUGGUGUUCCGCAUAUCUUCUCCCAUUUCAUCACCAACCUCCCUGCCAUCCACUCAGUUGUCGUCUUCGUGUGUGUAAAGUAUCUUCCAGUGUACACUGUCCCAGUCGAAGAGCGGUUUGUCAUGAAGAGGAUUGGGCCAAAGAAUUUCCACAUGUUUCGUUGUGUCACGAGGUAUGGGUACAAGGACGUCCACAAGAAAAAUGACGACUUUGAGAAGAUGCUUCUUGACAGGCUCAUGGUCUUUGUCAGACUGGAGAGCAUGAUGGAUGGCUAUUCUGAUUCUGAGGACUUCACCAUGACGGAGCACAAAACUGAGAGAUCCACCAAUGCAUUGCAGCUGACUGAAAAGGCUGGGAGCAACACAAUGUGUUCCGCUGCUGACCUGAGCUACUCUUCACAGGAUUCCAUUGUACCGGCCAAGUCACCCCUCACGGGGAACAGCUUGACAGGGUACUCGAUCCAGACAUUCGACGAUGAACUGGAGUUCCUGAACAGCUGCAAGGAUGCGGGCGUUGUGCACAUCCUCGGCAACACCAUCGUCCGAGCGCGGAGGGAUUCAGGGAUUAUCAAGAAGAUUGUUGUGGAUCAUCUAUAUGCCUUCCUUAGGAAGGUAUGCAGAGAGCACAGUGUGAUAUUCAAUGUUCCCCAUGAAAGCCUUCUCAAUGUAGGCCAGAUAUACUAUAUAUGAGACCAUCUUUUUGUUUCCUUAUGUUCGAAGUGAGCAGUUAACUGUGUAGGGCCGCUGAAAGUUGUACUGAUCAGCUCUGGAGUUAGCUUUGUUCGUCAUUUUGUUCUCGUCACAAACCAUUUAUUUUGCAGA